AUGGGCGGACCGAAAGUCUCCGUGGACGUCCCCGACGGUGAGAUCGCGCGCGUCGUGAUCGGUGACGACGUGUUCGAGGUGAACGAUGCGGUGUUGGUGAAAGCGCCGGGGGUGCGCGAGCGGUACGUCGGGCGAAUCGUGAGCGUGACGGUUGACAAGGGGGCGGUAAAGGCGAGAAUAUGUUGGUACUACAGACCGCAGGAGGCGGCGGGGGGGAGGAAACGGUUUCACGGCGUCAAGGAGUUGUUUGCGAGCGAUCACUUCGAUUGGGUGAGCGUGAACACGCUCGAUGCGAAGUGCGAGGUGCACGCGCUGAAAGAUUACGUAAAACUCGACGCGGUGACCGAGUACGAUUUUUACUCGAGGUUCAUGUACAAGAGUUCGGAGGGGAAGUUUAAACCGGAAAAGGUACCGGUGUUUUGUGCGUGCGCGGAGCCGUACAACCCCGAUCGUUUCAUGGUUCAUUGUGAAAAGUGUCACGAUUGGUUUCAUCCGCAGUGCGUCGGCGAGACGCACGCGAGCGUGUCAAAGGUCAAAGAAUGGACGUGUUCGAUGUGCCGAGCGGGAAAAUCGCCGAUGAUGUAA